CCGUUGAACACUGCAGACAGUCUUAUCACUCUGAUAGGCCAGAACAGGAAUUCGAUCAAAUGAGUCGCAAUUAAACUACACCCCUUUCUUUAAACUCGUUUUUAGGAGUAAUUGAUAUAUUCUCCAACGUGAACUACUCGAAUAUGACCUGUUUCAACAAAUGAUAUACACGUUUUGGGAACUAAAGAGACUCAACGUACAUACCGUACCCAGCAACACAAACUACCAAUUCAGCAACAGGUGGUAAGUGUUUGUACAGUCUGAAUCGUUUUGGAGGACAGAUUGCAUAAUAAUCUGACAGUUACUUUAGAAUAACAACACAUCAAUAACAAGAAAGAAACCCCAUCAAUGACCUACAUAUCCAGGGACAAGGCUUGCCAGACAUUGGUCUAGGUUACUUGGGAUCCACUGCCUGGUGGUGUGAGGCCUAGACCAGGGUAGUGGGUACUGUCGGAUGGUUUCAUCCCCAGUUAGGAGCCUGGUGGUGUGAGGCCUAGACCAGGGUAGUGGGUACUGUCGGAUGGUUUCAUCCCCAGUUAGGAGCCUGGUGGUGUGAGGCCUAGACCAGGGUAGUGGGUACUGUCGGAUGGUUUCAUCCCCAGUUAGGAGCCUGGUGGUGUGAGGCCUAGACCAGGGUAGUGGGUACUGUCGGAUGGUUUCAUCCCUAGUUAGGAGCCUGGUGGUGUGAGGCCUAGACCAGGGUAGUGGGUACUGUCGGAUGGUUUCAUCCCCAGUUAGGAGCCUGGUGGUGUGAGGCCUAGACCAGGGUAGUGGGUACUGUCGGAUGGUUUCAUCCCCAGUUAGGAGCCUGGUGGUGUGAGGCCUAGACCAGGGUAGUGGGUACUGUCGGAUGGUUUCAUCCCCAGUUAGGAGCCUGGUGGUGUGAGGCCUAGACCAGGGUAGUGGGUACUGUCGGAUGGUUUCAUCCCCAGUUAGGAGCCUGGUGGUGUGAGGCCUAGACCAGGGUAGUGGGUACUGUCGGAUGGUUUCAUCUCCAGUUAGGAGCCUGGUGGUGUGAGGCCUAGACCAGGGUAGUGAGUACUGUCGGAUGGUUUCAUCCCCAUUUAGGAGCCUGGUGGUGUGAGGCCUAGACCAGGGUAGUGGGUACUGUCGGAUGGUUUCAUCCCCAGUUAGGAGCCUGGUGGUGUGAGGCCUAGACCAGGGUAGUGGGUACUGUCGUGUGUUUUCAUCCCCAGUUAGGAGCCUGGUGGUGUGAGGCCUAGACCAGGGUAGUGGGUACUGUCGUGUGUUUUCAUCCCCAGUUAGGAGCCUGGUGGUGGCAGGAGGAGGGAUCUGUGAGGAGGACAGGUGUGCCUGCUAGGGCAAAUCAGAAUGCCCCCCCCCCCCCAGAAUAGGGGGGUCAUUUACUGUAGAAAUGGAGGAAGGACCAUGUACAGUAGAGAGAUGGAUGAAAUGAGAGUCUAGAUAAACUAGUUGGACAGAGGGAGACAGAGUGGGAUGGAGUGUGGAGAGAGUAUCGUGUGUGGGUCUGGGGAGCUGGAUCUGGACCCUGACAUUGUGAGUGAAGAGGCCGGGAAACUGUACUCAGAACUACAGACAGUGAUAGAGACCCAUGGCGUAGGGGUUGUGGAGUCCCUGGUGCCCAUCCUAGUAUGGGUCCUGGAAGGUCUGGCCAGCUGCAGAGCCCAGCUCAGAGAGAGGGAGGACGAGGCUGAGAGAGAGAAAGGAGAGCGAGAUGAGCUGUUGGAGAGAUACCAGAAUGAGAAACUACUGAGGAGAGAGAGCCAGGAGCGGUAUCUGGAGUUGGAUGACCAGAUUGAGCAGGAGCGGAGGACGAUGAGGGGAAGAGAGAAGGAGAGAGAGAGGAGGGAAAAAGAACUGGAGAAAAAGGCCAGAGAGCAGGCUGACCAAUUGGUGGCCUUGGAGGAGCAGAGGGCUGGACUGGGCAGAGAGUUGAACACACUGAAGCACACUCACAACAAGUUGGUGCUCAGUUAUAAGGAUCUGCUGGAAAGGAAAAGGGAUCUAGAGAGAGAGGGAUCUCCACUAAGUAACCAUGUGCGCCCCAAGAAUUCACAAUCUACCCAGGGCCAGUCAGAAUCCUGUGUUAGCGGGCAGGAGCUAACUGAUCGAAGGCCAGAAACACCUCCUGAUUCUGUCCUGUUGGAAGAACCUGUAACCAAGGACGAUAGGGUGAUUGACAUUGUCGUAAAGCCAGACAUAGAUGCGUCCUUCAUCAAUGACAUCAUAAGCUCCACCCCUGAGCUGGCGAAGUUUCAUGGCCUUAUGAAUGCCAGCACCCCGGUCCGAGCAGACGUCUCUGAUUGGCUCUUUGACGAGACCAAGACCAGCAUGGAGGAAGAAAUGAAGGAGGUGGAGGAGAAAGAGGAAGGAGGAGCAAAGCAGGAGGUGGAAGGAGAGGACAAGGAGGAUAUGAAUAGUCUGGAAUGGGAGCUGAGGAACACAGAGUCUGUGUUCUCAGAGCUGUCAGAGCUGAGUCGGGAAUACGUAGAGAGUGUGGACCAGGGGGCCAGUGUCAGAGGCAGCACCGACCAGUCGGAGGAGAUUCUUUCUCAGUAUGAGGAACUGAAACACACCCAUGAGUUAGUGAAUGCGGCCCGGAAAGCACUGAUCUCUCGUGUGGAGGAGCUGACCAAUGAGAGGUCAGCUCUUAAAGUGGAGGUGACUUCCUGCCAGGAGACUGUCACCCGAUUGGCGGGAAGAAUGAAGGACAUGGAGGAGGAAACUAAGAGACUUCGGAAAGAACUGGAAGCAAAUCAAUCAGAUGAUGAUUCCUCUCUGCCCAUAUCGCUGCGUCGGUUCUCUCGUUCGGAGAUGUCCCGUGUUGUCAUGGAGAAGAACCAGUAUAAGGAGCGUUUGUUUGAGCUGCAGGAGGCUGUGAGACGCAGUCAGACCAUUCGGGUCUCCCAAGAAGAGAGGAUCACAGAGAGAGAGAGGACUAGUGUAUGGAGAAGAUUCAACCGUUUGUUUGGCCUGAACAAGAACCCCUUGGUUCCGUCCGCUGCUCUAGCGCUGGCCCUGCCGACGUCCCUCACUCACUCACCAAUGGGGUCUCCACGGAAACUGGCUGUCAGUACAACUCAGACUGAUGGUUCCUCCCCUGCUGCAGCCCUGUCUCCGCGGGUCAGGAGGAGGGAGCUGUACAGAGACAUCCGCUCCCAUGUCUGGGGAACCCUGGGAAAACGCCAGGUUCAUGGCUGGAGCAUGCCGCGGUCACACACACAGGAUUCCUCAGAGCCGACCCCUGAGCCCAAAGAUGUCCCUGUCCUAGUGCAGCUCAGACUGAUGGACCAGAGAGAUUCUACAGCCAAGCUAAACUGUGCUGUUGCUGUUACACCUGAGAUAUCAGGCGAGACAACGUGUGCUGUGUGGGUGGUCUCUGGUCCCGCCUCCAGUAGUGAUAUCACAGUAAUCAACCCUGCACGGUCCAAUACGGUGCUGGAUCAGUUCAGCCUCCCGCCCACCUCGCCCGCCCUAUGCAUCUGUGCUGUGCCCCCUACUGGUGAGACCUCAGGAACUGUGUGGAUUGGAACUCAGGAAGGAAGUGUGUUAGUCCACUCCGCGUCCACAGCUAGGAGGCGCUGUCUGCAGUCUAUCUCUCUGUCUGAGGGUGUGCACUCUCUCACGUAUUCACAUGGUCAAGUCAUUGCUGGAUUAGCCAAUGGGACGCUUGCAUUCUUCUCGCACAACCCAGGUGGAUGGGAUCUCCAAUCACAUGAGGUUUUGCCUCUGGGAUCAACUCCACUGCAGCCCAUUCGCUGUUGCCUAGCGAAGGGGGCGGGCUUAUGGGUAGGAUACUGGAAUCGGGUUCAUGUGGUCAAUGUCGAGAAUAGAAAAGUGGAGCAAACUUUAACCGUCUCGGAGCGCAGUGAGCAGCAGGUGCGUUUCCUGUGUGCGGCAGGAAGUGGUGUGUGGACGUCCUGCCGGCUCGACCCUACACUCAGGCUUUUUGAUUGGUCCACUGGCCGGCCUCUGCAGGAUGUGGAUCUGACCCCUCUGGUCACCAAAACACUGGGCCCUGCCUUCUUGUCUCUCUCUCCGCUCCAGAUCUCGUCCCUCACCUUCAUCUCUGGCCGGCUGUGGGUGGGAACAGGAAGUGGCGCCAUCUUCUCCAUCCCUGUGUCUCUCAGUUCAGAGUCUGCCUCUAUACCAUACUGCUUUUUGGCGGCAGCACAACUGUGUUACCAUGGACACCGCCAGGCUGUCAAGUUCAUCAUUGCUGCACCUGGCUGUGUGACCAGCUUCUCUACAAUAGGAGGCGGUGCUGUAACUCUAGUCUCUACCUCACAACUCAUUCUCAGUGGAGGAGAGGGCUACAUCAACUUCCGUAUCGGGGACGACGCGAAUGACGGCACACCCGAAGCUGCUCCACUGCGGUCAGACCGCAGUCACAUGAUCAUCUGGCAGAGCCCCACCCCCUCCCUGCCCAGCUCCGCCCUUUGACCACACCCACAUCCAGUCUAGAAUGAGACAAGGAAGGAUUAGUCAGAGAUGUCAUACAAGAGACCAGGAAGUACAAAUGGGAGCCAUGUUUUAAUUGGCUUCAUUCACUAGGAGUUCCAUUUGGAUUUUUGUUCUAGAAUCUUGGGAUUAAAUUAAGACAUCACAGCUUAAUCCUUCUUGUCUCACUCUGUUAUUCAGUUGCUACCCUCAUCUCCUUGACUAAACCUUUCACCUGGUUAAGCCAGUCUCCUCUGUGUGCCUUAAUAUGAUUUGACAAUCGUUGCUGUGAGAUUGGUCAUUGUACAAUGUUUUGUGUUUUUUGUGAAACGUUUCCUCAUUAUGGUAAUCAUAUAUGGGCGGCAGGUAGCCUAGCUGUUAAGAGCGUUGGGCCAGUAACCCAAAGAUCGCUGGUUCGAAAACCCGAGCCGACUAGGUCAAAAAUCGGUCUGUGCACAUGAUGAGCAAGGCACUUAACCCUAAUUGCUCCUGUAAAUCACUCUGGAUAAGAGCGUCUGCUAAAUGACUCAAAUGUAAAUAUCAUCAUCACUGUAGCAAAGUAUUUUACAGUAAGAGUCUCUGACUUUUGGUUGGUUAGUUAAGAAUGGUUAGGGUUUGUGUGCAAUUCCAUGACGUUUGUUCAAACUCGUUUACAUUGAUACUGAGAUGUAGUGUUGAAGCUGCUGGGUUCCUGGUAACUAUUGUUGCAUAAGACCCUGGCCUUCAGUUCCCAUUGCAUGCUGGGUAAAUCUACAGCGUAACUGCACUCUCUCUCUCUCUCUCUCUCUCUCUCUAUCUCUAUCUCUCUCACAUUUGCAGAGCGAUAUGGGAGUGGAAGUCUCAAAAGAUACUUAAAGUAUUUUAUGCAGUAUUUGAAAGAGUGUUUGUGUGACCCAUGUCUGAAAAUGUUCAUCAUAACUGGACUCUAUGCAAGAUAAUCUAUGAAAAAUAAACUUUUGUUAAUACUUUCAUAAAAGAUCUGUUUUCAAGUCAAUAUAAUGUAAGACUUUAACACCCCAAAUCUUCACAAAUGCCCUAUGGUAGGUUAUUUUAUAGUUUUAAUACAAUUGUAUAAUUUAAUACAAAAACCCUAUUAUGAUUCAAAGAAAACCACAACACAUGAAUUAUUAUGAAUAUAAAGACCAAUUCUGUACAGAUUCAAGCCUAAACAAACCAACCAAGUGAACUAUGAAUAGCCUCCAUGCUUGAUUGUUUAAAAUCCUAUUCAGACAGUGUACAAUUCUGUUAUCUACCAGAGGUGUUUUAGCAAAGGUCAAGUCACAAUAAAAAGCAAUGACCGAC